GUUUGGGUGACAUGGGGAUCGUACUCCAUGCAUCGAGUCCUUCCUUGUCUGAAUCCUGGUCCAGAGCCAGCGAUUCCUUGUUCUCUGCAUAUGAUCUACCUUACAUCUUUGUUGUUGUUCCUAAACUUUUACUUGCGUUGUACUUUGAAGUUUUCAUUGCACUAAUUUUUCUACCAAAGGUGAAAUCAAAAUUACUCGUUACUGACUUCUUUGCAUGAAUUGUAAAUAAGAAGUUGGCCCACCAUUUUCGAGAGUUUCUCUGAUCUGGCAGCCUCGUACAUUCUUGGGCUAUUAGAUGCAACAGAAUUACUUGCUCGCCCCUCCAAAAGCGAGAAAGUUUGGCAAAUCUCUAAAUGGUACGUGUCUACUUAAUCAUUGACUUGGUGAGCUUUUUCUGUUUAAUAAUUGGACCCAAAAUCAAGAAAGUAAGAUCACCUAGCAAAGCAACCUAGCAAUGAAAGCCUUUAGAAAUUCGUUGAGAACCAACAGUCUGGCAAAUGUGUUGGGUGUACCUAAUGCCUAAUGGAAGAAUCUACAUUCUGGAAAUGGCAAGGCUUUACCUGGUUAGCUGUAAUCAGUUUUUAACCCAGUGGACCAGACACCCACCAACUAGGAAAGUCCUAACAGGAGCAUCAACUAGAUGCCAACAUGGGUUGGCACUUGGCUUUUGAUUCCAUAGACUAAUUUUUUGCUUUCGUAGUGAACAGCAUAAUUUUUCUUUGAUUUUAAGAUAUAUCAAACUAAUUAGAAACUUCUUUUUAGUAUUGAUUUUAACUAUUUUUGAGUAUGUAGCUUUUCCUGUCAAUUAAAGGCAUUGGGGGCCUUUCUUUUUUUUUUGUGUCGGAGCUAGGGAAGAGGACGACAUUCCUUGCAAGUAGUGCCCCAAUGUUAAGCUAAAGUGAAGCACAAAUUCUGAACAGAAGUUAUUACUCAUUAAAUUCCUGGGGUAGUGAUAAUGAAUCUGGAAGUUACACAUUGCCACUCACCAUGAGCCAUGUUCCUCCACCAAUUUUUUUUUUUUUAGAAAAAAAGAAAAAGAAAAGAGGAAAAGUUGAUAAUCUUUUGUUCUUCAUGUACUUGGCAGCAUGCACUGAAUAAAGGUUUGAAGAUCAGACCAUGCCACAGAAAGAUUUCUCUAUUUAUUAGUGUCAUGUUUUUCUAUUUUCUUAUAGCUAUGAAUGCAAUGCGGCAGAAAAAAAAAAAAGACUUCCAUCCGUACAUUCGACAGUCAAGUCUAAAGUGAUAAUAAUAAUAAUAAUCAACUCACGGAAUUAACAUCGAUUUUCUUUAAUUUCUUUCGUUAGUUUCGUCGUAUUCUUUUCUUGAUAAUUAUAAUAAAAAAUUGUGUUAAGUUUAUAUGUGACGAGAUUAACAUUUUCUCUUUAAAAAUUAAUUUAUUAAGAUGUGUAAUAUUUGUGUUUAAAAGUGAGAGACUCUUUUCUCGUAUCAACUAUAGAAUUUUCCAACAUAUUCUCUCUCAAUUCAUAAUAUCUUUAUUGUGAAUCGAGUCACCCUGAUUAUUCUAUUUGUUGCAGUGCUUGACGCAAUAGGGGAAUCGAAUCCGAAAUUAUUUUGAUAUUACUUUAUCAAACCUGGUAUGCUCUCGAAAUUGAUUCAAAUUAAUCUUGAUACCAUUUUGUUACAAUAAUUAUGUUUUUUUUCCCCCAAAACUAACUUAUCAGAAUGUUCAAUACCUGUAUUAAUAAAAUCAAGAAAUUUCUCUUACCGUAUUUGGUUUGGAAUUCAAUAGCAUAGGCACUAGAAGAAAAUUAACGAGUAAUAAGACGGCUCAAAUCUGGCACCAAACGUCACAGUGUAAUCAUUCAAGGUGUCGACAACUACAAGCUGAGAACAAAAACAUGAAAAUGAAAGCUUCCUCUCUCUCUUACCAAAACAUUCAAAUGAUCCAAAUUUAAAUACGGGCAUAACAGAGCAUUCUGACAGUUGCCCGUGAAUCCACUCGCAGAAAGAUCUCUAUUUCUCUAUUCUCUCACCCCUCAAAGUGGCAGAAACGUACUCGAACGCCCAUCUCCCACUUGUCUUCCUGCUUUCUGCUCUACUCUCUUCUCUCUGCCACAGUUUUUCUCUUUCUAAAUGGACGGCCCUGAUUAACUCGGUAUUUCAAGCUCUUUCGUGAUUAAUCUCUGUAACUAUCCAGGCUUCCUUUUAUCUUAUUCUUCCUCACUCACCAGCUGAACUGCCCUUUGAAUUCCUUAGUUAAAAAAAGAAAUGGGUGCUUUUAAAUUCUUUGCUUCUUCGCUUGUUAUGUUGGUUGUUGUUACUAGACUUUUACCGGGGGCAGAGUCCAAGACGUACUGGGGAGAUAUACAGGCGUUGGAACAACUGAAAAAUGGAGUCGACCCUAACUCGGUGAGUCCUGGUUCUUGCUUGAGUUCGUGGGACUUUACAGCAGACCCGUGCGACAGCCUCUUCAGUGAACGUUUCACCUGUGGUUUCAGGUGCGACCUUACGGUUUCUGGGUUAAGCCGAGUUACGGAAGUUAGUCUUGACUCAGCUGGGUACGCUGGUUCUCUCUCUUCUGCUUCCUGGAACCUCCCUUAUUUACAAAUCCUUGACCUGUCAAACAAUUUCUUCUCCGGGUGGAUUCCAGGGUCACUCUCCAACCUGCCUCGGUUAACUCGACUCGGUCUUUCGAGGAACACAUUAUCCGGUGAGAUACCUGCCUCGAUUGGGUCGUUGUCGAGCCUUGAAGAACUGUACCUCGAUAACAACAACCUUCAAGGACCUAUUUCUACGACUUUCAAUGGUCUUGCUAGCUUGAAAAGGCUCGAAAUUCAAACAAACAACAUCUCUGGUGCGUUGCCCGAGCUGGGUUCACUCAAGAACCUUUAUUUUCUUGAUGCAAGCAACAAUGCCAUUUCUGGGUAUCUCCCUACGACGUUCCCUCCUUCACUGGUCCAAAUCUCCAUGAGAAACAACAAGAUUGAAGGCACCAUCCCUCAAAGUCUCAAAUAUCUGAGCUUUUUGCAAGUAUUGGACCUGAGUGGCAACAAACUCACCGAUUCAGUCCCUUAUUUCCUUUUUAACCACCCAUCUCUCCAACAACUCACUCUCGCAUUCAACUCCUUUACGUCUGUACAAUCUCCCUCUAAUUUAGGAACCAAAAGUGAGCUCAUUGCCGUUGAUUUGAGCAACAACGAGCUCCAAGGCUGGUUACCUCAUUUCUUGCCACUAUUGCCAAAGCUGUCAGCUUUGUCCCUAGAAAACAAUAAGUUCUCGGGUAUGAUCCCAGCCCAGUACGCAUUGAAAACGAUCCUGCCUGGAUCCGGAAUUGCCCCUUUUGCAAGGCUUUUGCUUGGAGGGAACUACUUGUUCGGACCAAUUCCGGGGCCCUUGCUGUUUCUCAAGCCAGAUACUGCAAAUGUCAGUCUUGCUGACAACUGCUUGAUAAGGUGUCCGCUGCGUUUCUUUUUCUGCCAAGGAGCUGACCAGAAAUCUUUAAUGGAAUGUAAGAGAUUUAGCCCUGUAAUCCCUUGAAUUACUAUGCAAUUAAUUACAGCAAUGUUUUUUAGUA